ACUUUCGAGCUGCGCGCGGUUCGGUUUGCAGAUGCGGCUCGCUGCUGCGUGUGAGCGCGACGCGGAAUAUGGCGAACCAGCGCGGGCGACGGUGCGCCUCGUGAGGAUACUAUAGACACCCGGAGCGGUGGCGGGCGGCAGCUCGAGGACAGACAGCAGGCGGAAAGGAGCCAUGGAGGACUCGGAGCCCGCAGAGGACGGCUUGCUCGCGGGCUUGCGAUGGAACCGGAGCGCACGGGACCAGGCUCAGCUGAAACACAAGAUCCGGGAUCUGCCAGGGUUACUCAAGCACGGGCUGCACCUGCGGAAGAAGAGCCAAUCACCUGACACUAUCCCCGGACCGAGCGCUGGACCUACAGUACACAAGUCAUGUUCCCAGAGUUUUCCAUGUGCUGGUCGGGCUGUGAGGAAUGCCUUCGUCUCUCACGGACCAUACCCGGCUAAAGACAAGAUACACCUGGCCAGAAUCAUACGGCGCAGCUACGUGGGAGUGGAGCUGGUGCAGUGGCUGUGUGAGCAGUGUUUGUACGUGCGCUGCCGGACCACUGCUGUGCGCGUCUGGCAGGUGCUGCUGGAACUGGGAGUCCUGCUGUCUGUAGACCAGCGGGUGAUGUUUUCAGAUUCCAACUCUUAUUACCAGUUCAGCUUUGAGGAGUGUGACUCCGCCUCCUGUGACUUUCGCUCCAAUGAGGGGGAGUGGCCAGAGGCAGUUAGGCUCCUCCUUCAACUUGCCCCGUACAUCCAGUUUCGCUCUGGAGGUGGAGCCAACAGCCCGUCAGAGGAGGACUCUGAAGGCAACAGGGACAUCUGCAGUGAGAUCCUCCAGAUGAAAGCUCUUGAGAGGCUCACUUCUACGGUACAAUGUGAGUUGGCUGCUGCUCUUGCCCGAAAGACUCGCAAAGCUUUGUCAGAGCAGGUCUCUGAAUCGACGGAGACGAGCCAACAGGAACCUCAGACACCCAGCGAGGAGAGCAGCCCGCUGAGCGGGGUGUGCGCACUGCGGGGUGGCGGUGGCAGCGGUGGUGGCAGUACCGGGGGAGGAGGAGGAGGAGGAAUGGGAACUGUCUGCGGCCGCGAGGAGCUGACCAGCCGGCUGGGGCUGGAGGCGGUUCAGCGGCUGGCCAAGGACGGCUGUCGGCUGCUGCAGAACCACAACUACCGGCUGCCGGAGAGGAACCAGGCGGAGGCGGUGGGCAGGGUUUGUCUGAAGGAGAGAGGGCGGGAUGUGCUGGUGUUGCGGAGAGUGACAUCAUCAGUGACGUCGCCGUCAGACCGGCCUUCACCCACGUCGUCAGGGGGCGGAUCCAGAGAGGAGGAUUGCGAUAAGAGGUAUGUGGUGGUGUCGGGGACACCGCUGAAGAUCCUGGAGCAUCUGCUGAGUGACCUGCGGUUGGACGACCAAAGAGGGGCGCCAGAGAGCAGGGAGAGCGAAACACUGCUGGAUGACUUCCUGUUGACGUACCUGGUGUUCAUGUCCACCAAUGACCUCUGUCAGGCUCUGCUCGGACACUAUAGCAGUGCUCGCAGGGGCCAGGAGGAGGGCAAAGACGCCCUCUUCAGGAAGCGUAAAGUACUGCAGCUGGUCGCCCACUGGAGCAGGCUCUACAAGGACUGCCUGAAGGAAGAGGAGCACGUCAGGAGCUUCAUGAAGACUUUGUACAGGUGUGUUUUAGAAGAUCUGUAUGAGUUCCCCACACUGGAGAAAGACCUCCAGGAGUUCCAGAAACUUCUGCGUCGCAGACACACUGUCGAUGACUGUCCUCCAAGCCAAAAGAGUAAACAAAUGCAUCAGCAGUUGAGUUUGAAGGAAAACAGUUUGCAACUCAGAAGUCCACCGACUGAUACUCGAGAGGUCAUUUGUUGCGUGCAUGUGAGCACUGACUCCUACCUGAGUGUCCACACACAUCCCUCACUGGAGGCCCACGAGCUGCUAAGAAUUUUGAGUCUGAAGAUGGACAGAGCAGAAGAAGACAUGGUGCUUGCUGUGGUGUCGCACACUGGAGAGCGGAGGGUGUUACAUCCCAGUGACUGUGUGUAUUCAGAGUCUCUGACCCCUCAGGGAAAGCUUGUGGCCUGUCGCAGGGAUCUCACUGAGAUGCUGCCUCCUCUAACGGACAGUGCUGAGCUAAGCAAGAGGCCGGUGAGACUCCUAGGUAUUAACACCUGGGACGUGGCAGCUGCUCUCACACACCUGGACUGGAGCCUCUUCAAAUCCAUCCACGAGCAAGAGCUGGCUUACUACACCUUCAGCCGUGUUCCCGGUACCGGCCACACGGCGGCGCUCUCGGUGCUGCUGCAGCGCUGUAACGAGGUCCAGCAGUGGGUCAUGUCCGAGGUGCUCAUGUGUGUGUCACUCAACAAGAGAGUGCAGCUGCUUAAGAAGUUCAUCAAGAUCGCAGCUCAUUGUAAAGCCCAAAGAAAUUUGAACACUGCAUUUGCCAUCAUCAUGGGUUUGAACACAGCAUCUGUAAGCCGACUCAACCAAACCUGGGAGAAAUGUCCGGGGAAGUUCAAGAAGAUUUUCUCAGAGUUGGAGCUCAUCACGGAUCCAUCUCUGAACCACAAAGCCUAUAGGGAAGCCUUCAAGAAGAUGAAGCCUCCCAAGAUCCCUUUCAUGCCUCUUCUGCUGAAAGAUAUCACAUUCAUCCAUGAGGGAAAUAAGACCUUCCACGACAACCUGGUCAACUUUGAGAAGCUGCAUAUGAUCGCAAACACAGUGAGAAUGAUUCGCCACUGCCAAAGCGACCCGCCGGGCAACGAGGUAAUUGGGGUCGACAGUGCGGAGGUGAGGGCGAGCGUUCAUUACCUGCACAUUAUCGACAAUCAACAGACGCUUUUCGAGCUGUCACACAAGCUCGAGCCUCGUGCUUAAAGACAGACGCCCACGAACCCUCACAGACGCACAGAAACAAACACACCGGACACAGUGGCAACGCGAGCACCGAGUGUGUGUGAUGGACAACGCUUUUCCCCACACUGACACACACACUGCAACAAAGUCACACCACCAGCCGCAGUGCCCAGUGGACUGUAAGGUGCCAUGUAGACCCAUGAACCGAGCUGCACUCUGCCUGUUCUCUCAAGACUUCAUAACCCUGGUCAUGUCCUUAUAAAGGAGAUAUGGUUAAAAGAUUUAAGUCCGUUCACGCUUCGGGAGGAGACGCAGCAGCAAGACAGAGGGUGCCAAACUGAGACGAAGAGAAGAAGAGGAGGCUGUAAUUAGUUUGUACAGUAUCUAUUGGACUGAAUAGUUUUGUUCUUGUGUUUUGGGUUAUUUAUGAGCCUGUUUCGCAGGUGGAAUGUUUCUUUAUUUCUGUUUUUCAAGUCUCGUCCAGGAGGCCAACAAGGACUUAAACGCCUCUUCCUCAGUUACAAACACCAAACAAUCUGUAGAAGAGUUAAAUGUGUUUAUUACCUGGUGGCCACAAUCUUCCCCUUCACGGGUCUCAUAUAACUCCAUCUGCAUAUCACAUACCUGCCUCGAGAUGCAUGCAUAUCCAGGAUACAUGCCAAAGUUGUUUAGGUGUAUGAUGUGGAGCUUUUUUCUGGUUAUUGUGUUGUUGCAUAUUACGUAAAGUAAGCAGCAACCAGGGCCGCAGCAGUACAACACGUUAACAUACCGACAUCUUUUUACCUUUUCUCACUGAGGCUUUUGCCUGAAGAUGUGCAGCUUCGUCAAUAGUGUCUGGCAUGUGAAGGAGGCUUUGUGAGAGGCUUUUAUUGACUGACUGAUGUUGGAAACACCCAAACGCUCCUGAACGUGCCAGAGUUCAUUCACUUUUGGUGAGGACUGAAUGGUUUUUGGCUCUCCUUCACAUUUUAGAGUCCUGUUCGACACUCCUCAUGCACUCUUCUCUUUAAUGUUUUUAGAUAAGGACACUAUAUACAAUAUGGACCUAUACGUUUGUCAGUGCCAAAUGUCACACCGAGUCAUGCAGCAUGGAUAAACUGUAGAUCUCUUUUUUUUAAACCAUAGAAUUAGAUUUUCUCGGUUGAGCCCUGGUAUGACGUCUGAUCUGUGAUCAUGUAAAACAGAUAUGACUGCUUGCAAAGAUGCUUUCUGACAUUAUAAUGAUUUCAAGGUAGGCGAUGGUAUCACACUCUCCUUGGGUUGCUAUGGAAACAUAACCCCAUCACAGAGCUAUUCUUCUUAUUCUUAUUCUUCUUUUUAUCAACAGAUAAGUUAAGUGCCACAGACAUUUGCAAGGACAAAGCUUUAUUUAACCCUCCUGAUGCCUUCGGGUCAAUUUGACCCGAUUCAAUGUUUAAUGUCGGUGUUCUUUCGGUAGUCAACAAACAAACAUAAAGUACCUCACACUUAAACUUGGAAAACAUUAUUAAUUCAAAUAAUUUUCUGGAGGUUUUAAUUGCUGGGGUCAAAUUGACCCCAAGGGUAAAAUAUGUCAGUAAAAAUAAAGGUAACAGGAGGGUUAAACAUUGAAUCGGGUCAAAUUGACCCAAAGGCAACAGGAGGGUUAAGAAAAUCAUUCGAUUUUUUAAAUUCUUCCUUACUGACUGAAAAUAUCCCUUCAUUCACAAGUUGUCUCGUGUAAACUGUCUGGUAAAAUCAACACAUUGUGUGGACAGAAUAAUGGAAGCCCAAGGGCACAGGCCGGUAUAAUAAGACCUUCUCGCUCUCUCUCAGCUUUGGUUCACCCAACAAUUUCACUCUUAACAUCUUUUCUGAACCAAACAGGUCCUUAAUUACACACUAUUUGUUAUUUAAAUCACAGAGGGACUCGUCUUGUCUUGUUUCUAAUCUCAAUCAGUUGUCACCAGGAAAGAAAUGUAGCAUGGAAUGAGGAGAAUCAUUCAGAUAUCACAUUUGAGUGACAAUACAUACAUACACAUUAAGACGCACCCUCUAAAACCACAACAUCACAUAUGGCUGACCUUCUUAAUGUUCUAGUGUUAUUUGGUCCUUGCCCUGUACAGUGUAGCUUCAUGCAUAGCCAGUCACUACAGUGGUACAUUUCUGCUGUGGUAAUAUCCAAAGGCUAAUAACUCUUAAAUGUUCUGUAGCAGUGCAUGUCCUGCAUUGUUUGGAUGGUUAUAACUCACAGGGCCAAAGUGCAAUACAGUAGUAAUGUUCGUUGCCACAAAUGUCAUAAUGUCAGCACUGAGCCUUUCAGGGCGCAUAGCGGCUUUCUUCUGCAGAUCUUAAUGAAUCAAAUGGACUCGGGAGGACCGGGAACUCCCAAACAUCUUUAGCGAAAAAAACCAUAUUUUGGUUCGUUGUAAGAAAAACCAUGAGACGUUUUGUCACCUACACGUGUGAUGGUUACCCACAUAGAUUAAUACAUUGAAUGCUUAAUUGAAAGAUUUCUUGGGCAAUUCAAGUAUUUAAAUGUAUGUGGAUGUAGGAUUAAGUGUUACAUGUGAAUCUUGAGAUUGUUUCUCUCCAGGAGUUACUCAUAUCCACAAAUAUGUCAUCAACCAUUGAAGAUUAUAAGUAAAACCUUCAUAAAAAAGGUGGAUUCUCCCUUUAAAGGGAGACUAUGUAACUUUUGCUAAGUCUAAAUUGUGCAAACAGUAGCCACCAGACUGAGUAAGGCGGUCCUGUAGGAGCAAAACUCUUGAGGGAGUUCACUUGAUUUCAUUGUUUGGAAGUUACAUUGUCUCAUUUUGAAUAUACUUUGAAUGCUAAAGCUGAGAAAUAUGAGCCAUGGUCUGUUCAUAUUCAGUGUCAUAGAAAUGCCUUGUGGUAGUUAUUUUGACUAUUUACCUGUACAUGAUGCACACAUGCACAAAUACACCUCUGCUCAUUGUGUUAAAAUAGCAGUAUACUUGUGCUUUUUAAUUAUUUAUUGUAAUAUAUUGUUAAUUUAUGUAUUUUCGAGGUGACAAAAGUUCAUGUGCCAUGUUCAGAGGUUCAUAAAUGUGUCCGUUCAUUCUUGAGAAGACAACAAGUUUGUGGUUUGAAGAUGCAACGCUGGAAUGUCAAAGUACUUGUAGUUUUGUUUUGUGGUCACUUGGGAGCAGCAGAAGAGCACGUUGGUGUGAUGGCGCUCUUCUGUUUCCUCUGGCGUGAAUGCUGCAGCCGACAGGAAACCAACAAGAAGCUGUAUUUAGUGUUUUAUCAGCCGUAGUCAUGAAUGUGUAAAGUUAAGUUUGUUUUUUUAAAGCAAUGUUGUUUAAAACCUGUUUGCAUGUUAAAACAAAACACACAAAGUUCACAAUGCUUAGAGAGGACACAUUGAAGGCUUUGUUUUAUUGUAAUAUUGUUGAUGUGUAAAUAUAUGCCCAUGUUUGGUAUGUUGUUAUUAUUUAUCAGUUGUAAAUGAAAAAAUAGUCAGUCACAAAGCAAUACGUCUCCCCUCGUGUCCCCUCAACCUUCUGACAGCUGAAGCCACAUGUCUUUUCUAAAGCUGCGUUUUACUAUGUCAACAUUUGACUGAAAAAUAAUAAAUUAUAGGUUUUAUGUGA